AGAGUGUAUUGUUGUGAGCCGAGCCGUGCGGAGCAUCCCCGGAGCUGUCACCGCGGCGGCCGCGGCGGCGGCGCAGCGCGAGCCCCGCACGAGCGAGCCCGGCCGGCGUCGCCCCCGCCCCUGUCCACGGCCCCGCCGCCGCCGCUCCCGCCCCCGGCCCGCCCGCCGCGCGCCGCCGCCGCCGCCCGCGCGCCCCCACCCACCCCACCCCACCCCCUCACUCCAUCCCUCCCACCCGCCGCCGCCGCCGCCGCCGCCCGCGCGCCUCCCCCCGCGGAGCGAGUGCGGGUCACCGGGUCACUGGGUCAUUGUCUCCGCGCCCGAACCCUGAGCACCCCGUGGAAUCCCCCACGUCAUCAUCAGAACCAUCAAUGAGAUGCAAACAUGAAAGACAAGAGGAAGAAGAAGGACCGCACCUGGGCCGAGGCUGCCCGCCUGGCACUAGAAAAACACCCCAACUCACCAAUGACAGCAAAGCAGAUAUUGGAAGUCAUUCAGAAAGAAGGAUUAAAAGAAACAAGUGGAACUUCUCCAUUAGCCUGUCUGAAUGCAAUGCUUCACACUAACACUCGAAUAGGGGAUGGAACAUUCUUCAAAAUCCCUGGAAAGUCAGGCCUCUAUGCUCUUAAAAAAGAGGAGUCGCCAUGCCCAGCUGAUGGCACACUGGAUUUAGGCUGCGAGUCUGAAUUGGAUGGCGCAGACAUGGCGGAGGCCAGUGCCCGUGGAGAAGGAAAUGGAGUUUGUGCGAAGCAGGUAACUGAUGAAGCAUCUUCCACUCGAGAUUCAAGCCUUGCUAACACAGCGGUGCAAAGCAAGUUAGUGUCUUCCUUUCAGCAACACACCAAAAAGGCUCUGAAACAGGCUUUGAGGCAGCAGCAGAAAAGAAGAAAUGGAGUCUCAAUGAUGGUAAACAAGACUGUUCCUCGCGUUGUUUUGACACCAUUAAAGGUGUCUGAUGAGCAGUCGGAUUCGCCUUCAGGAUCCGAAUCUAAAAAUGGUGAAGCAGACAGUUCAGAUAAAGAAAUGAAACAUGGGCAAAAAUCUCCCACUGGAAAACAAACAAGUCAGCACUUAAAACGAUUAAAAAAGUCUGGUUUAGGACACUUGAAAUGGACCAAAGCUGAGGACAUUGACAUAGAGACCCCAGGAUCCAUUCUUGUCAACACUAACUUGAGGGCAUUAAUAAAUAAACACACGUUUGCUUCCUUACCUCAGCAUUUCCAACAAUACCUCCUGCUUUUGCUCCCGGAAGUGGAUAGGCAGAUGGGAAGUGAUGGAAUUUUACGUCUCAGUACUUCAGCUCUAAAUAACGAAUUCUUUGCAUAUGCAGCACAAGGGUGGAAACAGCGCCUGGCAGAAGGAGAGUUUACUCCAGAAAUGCAAUUGCGGAUAAGGCAAGAAAUUGAGAAGGAAAAGAAAACAGAACCUUGGAAAGAAAAAUUCUUUGAAAGGUUUUAUGGAGAAAAGUUGGGCAUGUCUAGAGAGGAAUCCACAAAGCUCACUGCUGGACCAAGCAAUGACGGAGCUGAAAGCAGUUCUUCAUGUGGGACCUCUAGUCUUCCAGGUCUUUCUUCACAGAGUCCCUUAGAAGAACAACAGCCCCAAAGCGCGAAAAGUCCAUCUUCUCCAGAACCUGAUUUCUGUGCUGCGCUCUGCCCUAUGGUCGAAGUAGGUAAAGAUGUCAUGGGAGAAUCAGAAUCAGAGGAUAUCUUGAUCCCUGAAGAAUCUGUGAUUCAGGAGGAAAUUGCAGAAGAGGUAGAGACUAGUAUCUGUGAAUGUCAGGAUGAAAAUCAUAAGACAAUACCUGAAUUUUCUGAGGAGUCUGAAAUUCCAGCCAGUGCCCAUGAAGAGCCCCAAAUAGCACUUCCUGAAGAUAACUUGGAAUCUUGUGUUAUAAUGAAUGACGUUCUAGAAACGCUCCCUCACAUUGAAGUUAAGGUGGAAGAGAAAUCAGAAUCUCCCCAGGAAGAAAUGUCAGUUGUUAUUGAUCAACUGGAAGUCUGUGACUCUCUCGUGCCUGCCACUUCAUCUGCGACUCAUGUCAAUGACACAGAACACAAGGAGCCAGAAACUGCAAUAGAGACCAAUACUCCAAAAAUGAAAACAGGGUCAUCUUCUCUAGAAGGCCAAUUUCCAAAUGAAGGAGUUGCUGUUGAUAUGGAGCUACAGAGCGAUCCUGAUGAACAGCUUUCUGAAAAUGCGUGCAUCUCUGAAACUUCCUUUUCUUCUGAGAGCCCAGGGGGAGCCUGUACCAGCAUGCCAUCCCCAGGAGGGGAAACCCAAUCCACUUCAGAAGAAUCAUGUACUCCAGCAUCCCUUGAGACAACAUUUUGUUCUGAGGUGUCCAGCACUGAGAAUGCAGACAAAUAUAAUCAGAGAAAUCCCACUGAUGAAACCCUUCAUGCAUCUCUGAUGUCAGAAAUAUCUCCAAUAUCCACGUCCCCUGAAAUAUCAGAAGCAUCACUCAUGUCCAAUUUACCUUUCACCUCUGAGGCAUCCCCAGUAUCAAAUUUGCCUUUAACAUCAGAAGCAUCACCCAUGUCUGAUUUACCUCUGACAUCAGAAACUUCCUCAGUGUCUUCCGUGCUUCUCACAUCUGAGACCACUUUGACAUCCAGUCUGCCACUUCCUUCGGAAACAUCUCCAAUGUCUAAUUCCUCCACGAAUGAAAGAAUGGUGCAUCAACAAAGAAAGUCACCUUCCGUAUCUGAAGAACCUCUUUCCCCACAGAAAGAUGAAGGUUCUGCCCUUGCGAAGCCCCUGGGAGAGAGCCUUCUCUCUCUACAGAAGACUCUAUCAAAUGCUCCCGAACCCAUCAAAAUGGAUUCUGCUUCCCUUGCUCCUGAGGCAUUUUCAUCUGAGCAGCUACACGAUAAGACCCUGACUCAGCAGCCUUGUAAAUCGCACGUUGAAACAGACAAGCCCUGUGCUGUUUCCAUUCCAGAACUUCCUUCUGCAGAAAUCACAAAAGUUAAAAAUCAGAAUGUCCUGCAAAGAACAGAAAAGAAAGGGGUAUCUUCACCAUUGGAAUUACCUGUCUUUUCUGAAGAGACAGAGAGUCAAGGAAACGAGCCGCCAUCUGCCAAAUUACAGGACAAGCAGCAGUUUGCCUCACCAGUGGAGAAGGCUUCAUUUCCAGAAGGCCCCAGAAGUAAAACACAUAAACAAGGGAUCUCACAGAAUCGGUUGGAGACCCCGUAUACUUCCAAGUUGACAGAGCCUUCCAAGUCACCUGAUGGCGUAAGAAGUGAAAGUAGAGAAUCUGAGAUAUCAAAGAGGAAAACCGCAGAGCAGCACAGCUUUGGCAUCUGUAAGGAAAAGAGGGCGAGGAUCGAAGACGACCAGUCAACUCGGAACAUAUCCUCGAGCAGCCCACCCGAGAAGGAGCAGCCGCCAAGAGAGGAACCCAGGGUUCCCCCUCUCAAGAUCCAGCUUUCCAAAAUCGGGCCACCUUUCAUCAUCAAGAGCCAACCAGUCUCCAAACCAGAGUCUCGAGCCUCCCCGAGCACGUCCGUCAGUGGUGGGAGGAACACGGGAGCCAGGACCCUUGCAGACAUCAAGGCUCGAGCACAACAAGCAAGGGCCCAGCGAGAGGCGGCGGCGGCGGCUGCUGUGGCCGCCGCAGCGAGCAUCGUCUCUGGAGCCAUGGGGAGCCCCGGAGAGGGUGGAAAGGCGAGAACCUUGGCACAUAUCAAAGAGCAGACAAAGGCGAAACUCUUCGCAAAGCAUCAAGCCCGAGCCCACCUCUUCCAGAAUGCUAAGGAGUCCCGGUUGCCUCCACUUGGCUCCAAGGAAGGCUCUCCAAGCUUGGAAGUUCUUUCUACCCCUGAAACAAAAAUGGAAGGUUCAACCGGUGUCAUUAUUGUCAAUCCAAACUGCAGAUCUCCCAGCAACAAGUCUGCGCACCUCCGGGAGACCACCACUGUAUUACAGCCGUCUCUGAACCCAGCUAAACUUCCAGAAACUGCCACUGACUUAUCUGUGCAUAGUUCUGAUGAAAAUGUACCCGUGUCCCAUUUAUCUGAGAAAAUUGUCUCAUCUACCUCUUCUGAUAAUAGCAGUGUGCCCAUGCUUUUUAGUAAAAAUUCUGUCCCUGUGUCUGUUUGCAGCACUGCUAUGGUGGGAGCAAUUAAAGAACAUCCCUUUGUGAGUUCUGUUGACAAAUCUUCUGUUCUAAUGUCUGUUGAUAGUACAAACACUACAAUUCCUGCUUGUAAUAUAAGCAUGUUGAAAACCAUCCAGGGAACUGACACUCCAUGCAUAGCCAUUAUACCAAAAUGUGUUGAAAACACCACCAUUCCCGCCACUACCGAGGGCACCAGCAUAUCAAGCUCCAUGGACGACAAGCAGUUGCUCAUAUCCAGCAGCAGUGCUGGUAACUUGGUCUCCAGUCAGUACACCUCUGUGCCAACUCCCUCCAUUGCAAAUAACUUGCCAAACCAUCUCUCCACUAGUUCUGUCUUGAUUCCCCCAACGGGAAUUAACACCAGAUUUCCUCCUGAGAAGAUAGCCAUGCCUGGGAGUGAAGAUCAGGCCACCGUGUCCAUGGGGACCACUGUGAGAGCAGCCCUCAGCUGCAGGGAUUCAGUAGCCGUCACAGACACUCUGGUUGCACGCCCACCCGUCGCAAUGUUUACUGGAAGCAUGCUGACAAUAAACUCUUACGAUAGUCCUCCCAAGUUAAGUGCUGAAAGCUUGGACAAAACUUCAGGGCCUCGAAACAGGGCAGACAAUUCUGGGAAACCUCAGCAACCUUCGGGGGGCUUUGCACCAGCAGCCAUAAACAGAUCAAUUCCUUGUAAAGUCAUCGUUGACCACAGCACCACACUGACCUCCACUCUGUCUCUGACUGUCUCCGUUGAAAGUGCAGAAGCCAGCUUGGACAUCCAGAGCAGGUCGGUGAGGACAGAAGCAGCCAUACAGCCCAUGGCAUGUCCUCAAGUGUCUGUUAUUAGCAGGCCCGAGGCGGUUGCAAACGAAAGCCUAGAUCACGGUUCUAGUUUUAUUGCUGCUUCUGCAGUAAAACAAGACUGUAAAACAGUGCAGGCCCCCUGUACCAGUCUCCGAGAAGUACCCCUGGUUGUUCCAGAUAAAUUAAAUGAGGUCACUGCUCCUACUAAGAGCUUUGCUGAGCAGGCACGUGGCCCGGCCACUUUCAAAAGUGAAGCAGACACAACCUGUAGCAAUCAGUAUAACCCAGGCAGCCGGAUUUGCUGGAAUGACGAGGGCAUGAGGAGCACCGUCCAGCCUCUGGUUAGUCACUCGGGUUCAAGUAAACAGAAAGAGUAUCUAGAGCAGAGCUGUCCGAAGGCUGUCAAAACGGAACAUGCCAGCUACUCACAUAUGUCAGAACUUCACCCCAGGAAUCUCAUAACCAGUGUCACUCUCCCCGUGAAAUCCGAACCUCAUGAAGUGGACAAGGUCUUUAGAAUGGACACUGAGGACUUCCCUGGCCCUGAGCUGCCACCCCCAGCCACAGAGGCAGCCCCUAGUGUGCCACAGACGCAGAACGUGAAGGUCCCCACCUCUGCUCCCAUGGAAGAGGUGAUUUCCUUGGCCACAGACACCCUAAAAAGAGUUCCCAACGCAGGGAGCUCAAGCUGUCGUCUGUCAUCAGUGGAGGCGAACAAUCCCCUGGUGACACAGUUACUACAGGGCAACCUGCCUUUGGAAAAAGUGUUGCCGCAGCCCAGAUUAGGAGCCAAGCUCGAAAUUAACAGGCUUCCUCUGCCUCUUCAAACUACCUCAGUGGGUAAAACAGCACCAGAGAGGAACGUUGUUGAGAUGCCGUCCAGUUCUCCAAACCCAGAUGGGAAGGGCUACUUAGCGGGGACCCUUGCACCCCUCCAAAUGCGAAAGCGGGAAAACCACCCCAAAAAGAGAGUGGCCAGGACUGUGGGGGAACACACUCAAGUGAAAUGUGAGCCGGGGAGAUUGUUGGUGGAACCAGAUGUUAAAGGCGUGCCUUGUGUCCUCAACUCGGGCCUGAAUCAGCUAGGACACAGCCAGGCCUUUAAGCAAGAGUGGCUGAGCAAACACGCCAUGCAGAACAGGAUCGUCCACAGCCCUGAGGUCAAACAGCAGAAGCGGCUGCUCCCCUCCUGCAGCUUCCAGCAGAACCUGUUUCACGUGGACAAGAACGGUGGCUUCCAUCCCGACGCUGGUACCUCACACAGACAGCAGUUUUACCAAAUGCCAAUGGCGACCAGGGGCCCCCUUCCCACUGCGGCUCUGCUACAGGCCUCUGCCAAGGCCCCAGUGGGUUGCAACGCGUUUGCCUUCAAUAGGCAUCUUGAACAAAAGGGACUGGGAGAGGUGGGCGUUUCUUCAGCACCUCACCAGCUAAGGUUAGCCAACAUGUUAUCCCCCAACAUGCCCAUCAAAGAAGGCGAUGACGUAGGAGGGGCUGGGCACGCAAUGCCAAACAAAGCGCUAGUGCACCCCCCGCCGCCCCCGCCGCCGCCCCCACCACCCUUGGCUUUGCCCCCGCCGCCCCCGCCCCCACCUCCGCUACCUCCACCUCUUCCUAACGCAGAAGUCCCAGCCGAUCAAAAACAACCUCCAGUUACCAUGGAAACCACUAAGAGACUUAGUUGGCCACAGUCCACGGGCAUAUGUAGCAAUAUAAAGUCGGAACCUAUUUCUUUUGAGGAAGGUUUAGGCAGCAGCUGUGAACUGGGCAUGAAACAAGUUUCCUAUGACCAGAAUGAAAUGAAAGAACAGCUAAAAGCAUUUGCGCUAAAAAAUGCAGAUUUCUCUUCCUAUUUGCUUUCUGAGCCACAAAAGCCUUUUACCCAAUUAGCUGCUCAGAAAAUGCAGGUGCAGCAACAACAGCAGCUCUGUGGAAACUAUCCAACAAUACACUUUGGUAGCACGAGCUUCAAAAGGGCAGCCUCUGCCAUUGAAAAGUCCAUUGGGAUUUUGGGAAGCGGCUCCAACCCGGCCACGGGCCUGCCUGGUCAGAAUGCUCCGAUGCCCGUGCAGAACUUCGCCGACAGCAGCAACGCGGAUGAAUUGGAACUGAAAUGCUCUUGCCGGCUGAAAGCCAUGAUUGUGUGCAAAGGCUGCGGGGCCUUCUGCCAUGACGACUGCAUAGGUCCCUCAAAACUCUGUGUGGCUUGCCUGGUGGUGCGGUAAGAGCUGAGUGAAAGAUGCAGUAUCCCUUUUCAACACCGAAAAGCCAAGCGGCGCCAGCAGCAACCAAUUGAAUAACUCAGUGCUUUAUAUUGUGCUAAUUUAUUUUGCUUUGGAACCGAUCAUCUUUUCUCCACGCGAUUAUUAAUUUCUUGUGUUUCUCGGAAAGGGGGGAUCGCCUCCCCUCCGAUUUGCUCAGCAGCAUGGUUUUUACACAUUUAGUUGGCAUUCCCAACUUUGGAAAAUUUCUAUCCAUGUGUGUACAAGGUCACUACCCCAUCAGGUGAUUUUUACAAAUUCAGGUGUGGAUAGGGAAAGGACAUUUUAAAUUACUUAAUACUAACCAGAAAAACAGAUGUAGAAAGAGAACGGUAAAAGUGAUUUAAGGUGGGUUAUGCAUUCUUUUGCAGAUUAACCAUUACAAGCAAGAGUUUUCACAGUUGAGUUUGCUGGAGCUGCCUUUACCCCAGUGAUUGAAUCAUGUUUGGAAAGGGGAAUCUGAUUUAAAUGUUUGAUUCCUUGUAUUUACUCAUAUCACAAAAGAUACAUUAAAGGAGGUAUGCCAUUAAUGAACUCCACUGUCCUUAUUCUCUCUCCUCCCUUUUUAUUCUUUUCAGAGACUGUGGCAGAAUAUCUGCAUCAGCCUUGGACAUUGUACACAGGUUGUAACGAAAUGUGUCUUAGGCUGGAAAUUACAGUGUGGGCCUCAUGCCCAGUAACCUGGUUUGAGCCCUUUGACACCUGAUACUGUAGGAUCAGUUGGCCAACAGAGAGCAGUAGGCCCAGAGGAUUUCAGAGUUUUAUGUGUGGCCUUUAAGAGCAACUAUUAAAAAAAAAAAAAAAGCCCUAAUGUUAAAACAAGAAAAAUACUGUGUAUGCAAACAUUUAAAUGUGUUGAUACUGUAAAUAUUGGUCCAUUCCCUUGAAUACAAUUACUAGAUAUUAAAGUUUGGGAGGAAAUCACCGUAGACCUUUAUUGAUGACACUGGCGCACUCUGGCUUCCAGGUGUACAGAGGUUGGCCGCCUCUAAAGUAUCAUUGAUGAUAAAAGGAACUACAGAAGGCUGAAAUGUUGACAUUUUUCUGAACAAGUGUUUCCUCAUAAUUCACAAUCUAUAUAAUUCUAUUUUACUCUGAACCAGCCCUUAUUUUAAAUAUUGUUCUGGGCAUUGCAUGUUUUGUUUUCUUUCCCCUCAGGUGAACUCAGUACAUUCUGCAUAUUUGGGGGAGUGGAACUGCUUUUGAAAAAGGGAUACUGCAUCUUACAAAUAUCGUCAGUGUUUAUCCAGUCAACUCUGAGUGUUAAGUGAGCAACAUUCCAUGUACUUGCCAGAGAUCGGCUUUAGUUCAGGAGGCUCUGUUCCCUAAAGCAAGUUCAAAAGCACAUGCACAUUGUGGGAAGAUGAAAGACGACAAAAACCAUGCCAUUUAACUUCCGGUUACAGAGCACAAAAUGUGGAGUGCCAUUAACCCAUUGAUUGAGGCUGUAGAAUUAAAAACAAAAACAAAACAAAACAUGGGGGAAAAUAUCAUCUUUUCCAUGAUGAGAAUGACAGAUAUUUUCACAUGAGAUCGUCCUAAUCAAUGUAAACCUUUGACAUUCCCUUAAAAUACGUCUUAAAGAUUAACUGGAAUGAACAGAAAUUACAUUACAUUCUGAAAAAGAAAAAAACAAAACAAAACAAAACACUUGUGUUUGUUUGUUUGUUUUUAUAUAGUAAUCAACUAUGGUAUAUGUUUUUACCCCCUCCAUAUUUAUUAUUGUGAUGUUGCCAAAUUUUGUUAGGUAACAGAUGUCAUUUUUAUUAACAAAUUGCUGAUAGUGAAAGAUACAUUAUCUUAAAAAGCAAGAAAAAGCAAAGAAGGGCCCGCCUCUGUGGCUGCAAUUUGGUGCUUUAGUACUGUCACUCUGUGUCACAUUAACAUUAACAAACUUAACUCACAACUGAGAAAAAUAGCAAUGCACUUAACCAGCCCUUCCCAAGGAAUGCAGUGUGAGUCCCGGCGGAUCCUUGCUUCACUCUGCUCCACGUUGUGUUUAGGUGGCAUCCUCGUCCAUGGUGUCUCGGUGGUGUGCUUGGCUCUGAUGUCAUCUUGGUUCAGAAGAUCAUGCUGUCAUCUCACAGAGGGGCAUCCCUAAAUAUAGACACUUGCAUGCCAACUCCUUCUAAAUUCAGCUGCUGCUCUACGUGUCAGAUGCUGUCUACACCAGCAGAUUCAAAACUAUCCUAUCAGUAACUGACACGGUGUUGAAAGAAACUCCAGUCUACAAAACCUUUGCACUCUGUAUGUGAGGUACAAUUGAGGCUGAUGUGACACUGAGCCCGUAUCAGUUCCAUCACUGUGGAACACUGCCUGCAAGUUGCUUACUGGGAAUAAAGAAAAGUGUCCUUCUGUAUGUUUGAUUUUUCACAUAAUAGAUUGGGAGAUCAAUUUUUGAUUGUCCAUGGAUUCUAGCCCCCCAGGUCCAAAGAUCAUAAGUUUUCUAUGCCCUUGCUGUUUUGUUGUUGUUGUUGGGGGUUUUUUUUGGUAUCAGUUUAAAUUCCUAAUAUUGACAUAUGGUUUUAGUAUCUUUGGGCUAAAAAAUAAUGGAAAGAAAGAAAAAAAUUCAGAAGUUAAAGGUGGGCCAGAUAUUUUACAAGUGUCCAUUUAAUAUAUAUACAAAAGCCAGUAUAUUUGGAUCAGGUGAGUAGGUUCUUGGUUUCCUGAUUCCCACAGGUGUCUGCCUAUGUGCAAAUGGAACAUGUUAUUUACUACAUGGUUAUUGUGGUGUAAUGUGCAAAUUUUAGUGUGUGCAUUAUCCUGAUUAUUGGACACUAUGCUAUCCUUAUCAGGAAUUUUUUUUUUUUUUUUAUCAGAAAGGAUGUAUUUCCAUAAGUAGCACUUUGGGAGCAGGGGAAGGAAGAAACCGCUAUUCCCUAAUCCCCCUCCUAUACGAUAUGCAUAUGCCUGAGGUGUACAAAGACAUUUAGGUAGUUGAUGGGCAUGUUAAUAAGAACCUUCUGAUGCAAAUUCAUUUUCAAAAUGAAAAUAAUGUCCUUCCCCCAAGUGAGAAUAGCAGAACUGUUGGUAAACUGGGCACCAUAGUUAUAAUAUUUCCCUGCUAAGGUCUAGUUUGAAAAAGAAAACUUGAAAAACCUAUGAGGUUGAGCCUGGUUGCUAUAUAGACUUUGUGGUGCUAUGUGUUUCUAGGAUGAGCUAUAGAAGGUUUAGUUGACUUCCAGACCUUGGAUAGUCUUACUCGUUCAAAAUAAACAUACAAAACAAGCCGAUGCAUUUCGUAAGGCAGUCAAGAGUGAGCACCCAUGAUGCUGCAGCCGGGUUUUCUUUACAAACACUCAUCAUUUUAAAUGAGGAAGUUACUGUGGCCUCUGUUCCUCCUUGGUCUGGUAAAGUCCUGGGUUACAGAAGCUGAAGCCAAGGUGAGGGUUGCAUCGUCUCUCUGGUGUCAAGGCCAAGCACCGUGCUAGCUGCCUGGUGGGAGUGAGCCAGCUGAACACAGAGCCCAGAGUCACUGUCCAUUUGUGUUUCUUGAGAACAAUGUGAAGAGUCCUAGCAAAGGAACUCAUCAGACUGUCAGGGGCCAAUGUAGCCAAAAUAUCACUGAAUAUAAAAAUCUUGUCUUCAGUCCUCAUGCUUUGUCACUGUAAAGCAAACAAAAAGCAUUUUUACGAUAAUUUAAAGGAGCUGCUUUUUUAUAGCACAUACUAUUUCGCUUUGUACUAUAUUUGAUAGUUGCAGAAUAAUUUAGACGGUAGGAAAACUUUGUUGUAUUUGUACUGUUCAUGAAUGUUUCAAAGAAAGUGCUUUACUUGGUUGCCAUAAUUUUCUUGUACUGCUGUAUUCCCCCCCACCCCCUGCUUCAUGGAAACCUAAUCUGAUUCAUAUUUUUCAGUACAAGUUUCUUUUUUAAAAUUUGUGUUUGUGUGUAUCUUUUUUUUUUUUUUUUUUGGUCAGUAUUCUGAAUGUUUACAUCUGUUUGACAUUAGCCAUUUAAUGCCUUUUUUUUUAAAGGCAGUAUUACUCUUACAGUGUAACAGGAAAAUGUGAAAUCGACCCAAACAUAACAUGCAUGACAAACACAGAUUGGGGGUGCAGGCCCUCAACAUACAUAGACAUUUUAUAUCAGCAUACAGAAAAGUAAAACCCUCCUUCAGUCCUCUACCAAAGAAUAUAUUACUCCCACAGGAAAAACUCGGCCAAGGUGUGUAAAAUCCUCAGAAGGGGGAGCAGUUGAUUCUGUGAGACUGCUACAAUUCAAAACUGUUAUGCUUGCUUUGAUACCUGAUGAAAUUCGACUGAGUGCAACAGCAUUUAAACAAUUUUUAGACAGUGUUUUGUUUAGAAUUCAGGGAUCAUGCAUUCUUUAAUGGUGCUGUUUGUUUUUUAUUUCUUCUUUUCUACAAAGAAAAAAAGUGUUGCCUACAAAAGUGACUGCUCACAAUACCAUAAGUUAAACAAAAUGUUUGUCUUUUCAUGUUUCUCUGUUUUUCCCUUUCUCGAAAUAACAAUUUGGGUUUCAAUAUUAAACUAUUCUGGCAAAAAUAAAGAAAUUAAACAU